GCUGGCUUGCCGUCGUCGCCCUCCCAACCUCUUUCUCUCUCUCUCUCUCUCGCUCGUAAUGAUUUGAUUCACCUGUUGUCGGCGAAGCAGCCUACGCACGCCUCCAAGUCCCGGCCCCCCCAAGACUCUCUCUCCAAGGCGCGCCUUCCAGUUUUUCCACAGGCCACACUCACACUGCACUGCCCAAGGAAAUGCGGCUGGCAUGUUGCCUCGCCUGCUUUUCGUCUUACGCACCUCCGCAACGUGGAGUGUUUGGGUGCCCAACCUCAGACAACAAGAUAGGCCAGUAGACACUAAACUCAACCGGAGAAAAAAAGGCCGAGCCCACACUUUUUUCCCCCUUCAAUUCAUUUCAAUUAUUGAUUCUCCCGUUGUCGUGACACUCUUGCACUGCCACGACUACCUUGCCAACAAGACGGCGGGUCUAGGACCACCACCGCUCCCAUUCGCACGUGAACCUGAGCAGUCGGCAUCCGGCAAAACUUCUUUUUCUUCUUGUUAUCGUUUUCGUCCAAUUCCCACUGAACAGGCUCGACGUCACCGAAGCGACCCCCCCCCCUUGCUUGCGCGGUUUCGUCCCAGCGAGCAAACACCCGCCCGCCCGGCCAGGGUCGUUUCUGAGCAAAAGGGAACCACGCGUCUGAGACGUCUAAAAAUGGCCCCGGUUACCCAAAGGCCGGUGCGAGACGGCACAAUCAAUUGGUCCGCAGGCGCCCUCACGCUGCGACGGAGGCAGAGUAAAAUGAAUGAGACUCAUGACAGGUGCGUUCGCCUUUACAGAGCCAAGCUUGAAACAGCUACGCAGACACAUCCGGCAACACCAUGGUUUUCCCCCUCUCGCUUCCGACCACGACACACGCAGCCGAAUGAUAUGCUGUCCCCAGCCUGCGUAGCACGCCGUAGGACGCACCAAGGCCCCGCUAACGUCGACGAUCGAUGAGCGUCCAAUGUUUUGGCACAGAACCGCUGGUCCGUUGUUACAG